ACAAGCACACACUGCGGUAAUGCGCUGAUGUUCGCUCACGUAAUGCACAAAAUCGAGGAACGUUGUUUCAUGACAAGAUGGAUGCCCCUUCAAGUCCAAAUGUCAGCGUGCCACCUGAUCUUAAGACGACAGUGAAGGACGAGCAGAUGUACGAGGCCCACGUGAUCGAUACCGCUGCGGGUGUGCUGGCCGGCGUGGUGGCGCUGUUGUCGGUGCUGAAGACGGCGAGCUGGCAGAGGCGGAUGGCCUCGGCGGCCAUCGACUUGAGGAUUGUUUGGACGUUUGUGCUGUUCUACGCUGGAGAUGUGGCCAAUGUUUUGGUCCUCGUCACCGUGGCAACUGGACUCUACUGGCUCACGAUUCACAAGGCCCAACAGCAGGUUUCUGUCGUCCUGCCGCUUCCCCAUCAGGAGAAGCAUUUUGUGACGUACGUCAUUUGCGCCUUCGCGCUCAAGGUCAGUCAAUGGACCGACGAUCCGAGGGCAUCCGAGGCAAAGGCGGUGCAGUUCCUCCACAAGCUGACGGUGCAGUUGUCCGUGGAUGUUUUCUUCAUUGACUGGGAGAGGCCUCGAACCACGGCUAGUCGGACUGCGGCAGGGACGACCCAGCAGAAACGGGAUCUUUCGCCCGUCAGCAUCUGGAGGACCUACUUUGUGGCCAACGAGUGGAACGAGAUCCAGACCGUCCGCAAGAUCAGACCAACCUUUCAGAUCAUGGCUGUGCUCUUUUUCCUUGAAGCGUUGGAUUUCUGGAAAUUAACACUCAGGGCGCCCUGGCCACCAUCCAAGGUGGGCACACCUUCAUACAGUCCGAUCGUGCGCUACGGUCUGGCAUCGACACUUUGGCUCUGCAUUGGACUUCUGCAGGUCAUUUUCACAGUCUUCUACGAGAUUUGCGUGGAUGACAAAAUCCGUCAGUUUGUGGAUCUCUGCUCUAUCAGCAACAUUUCCGUGCUGCUCUUACCUCAGCGAUGUUUCGGCUACUACAUCCACGGGCGCUCUGUGCACGGCCACGCCGACACAAACAUGGAAGAGAUGAACAACAAUCUGAGGAGGGAAGCGGAGUCGCUGUGCGCCCAAAGAGGUCUUCUCCCCGGCACGGACACGCAGACGUUCCAGGUGGCCCUUUCCACGCGCCUGCGGUCUCAGUACGACAGGAUACGGGAGUCCUUCACCGCGCGAUACGGACCGGCGCGGCUCACGGUCCCGGGCUCGGCCGGCCGGUGGGAGCAAAACAUCCGCGCCUACCACGCCAUGAACCACUUCCUGGCAUCCGUCGUAGACCAUGUCCACCCAGACAUGGACUACUACGUGAGGGACAAGCUGGCGUUGGAGCGCGUCAUGGGCGUGGAGUUCCUUGAACCAAUUGACAGGAGCAUCUUUUAUAACGACGGAGCGCACAGUUUCAGCGAUGUGCUUUUUUACGGACAUGAGAGCACACUGCUGAGCUUUGACACGUUGUUCUUCUGCGUGGUUGACUUUGCGUGUCAGAACUUCGUACUCGCGGGCCUGCUUACGUACAUCCAGCAAACGAUGUUCCAAAAGAUUCGUGCUUUUUUCGGGCGGAAGAACCUUGUCUACAAGACCCAGGUGGAUGCGCGAUUUCUCAAGUGAUUUCCAUGGAAGAGCCUUCAAAAUGGCAAUGUUGUUCACGCUCAUCAUGAUGUUUUUGUAUUUAUAUACAACUGCCCCCCUCCCUACUAUUUUCUGAUAGGCAUGAAACAUAAUGGAAUGUAUUAAAAUGAUUUCCAUUCAGUCAAGCACACUGCAUAUGAUUGAUUGGACUGCUUUGGGUGGCUAUUACAGUUGUUGUCGUUGCAAUAUGUC